GCUUGGAACUCUGCUAUCCAUUCUAGCAUUCAAUAAUAUCUCAAUAAUUAUUUGCGGAAACAGCGAUUUGACGCCAUCCUAUCCUAAAUAUACGAGGGGAGACUAGGCUGAUAUUGGACGAUACAAAUUUGAAGUCAUUGCGCUCCGAGUGAGCGAGCAGCCGACAAGAUGCUGUACGAACUAAUUGGAAUCGUCCGACCUGGCAAUCUCGCCGAGGUGAAAGAAAUCGUCCUAACAGCAGGCCAACUAAUCCUCCAAGAGCGAGGCGUAAUCCGUGGAAUAUCCAACUGGGGUGUCUUCCUCCUCCCCCGCGCAACCAGCGCCCACCAAAUGCGUCACCACUCCGGUCACUACUUCGCCAUGCGCUUCGACUCCAGUUCCAAAACCCAACAAGCCGUACGUAACAUGUUGGCGCUCGAUCCGCGGAUGAUCCGACAUGCGUCUGUAAAAUUGGGAGAUGGCAAGUUAACUACGACGAGUCGGUUCGGGGCUCCGGAGUGGUCGGCUAUGUAAAAAUAUGAAAAGAAGGAAUUUGAGACUUGGGUAAGCCGGUAUUAUAUCGACUUUAUCAGAGCAAGGGGAUAUUCGACUUAUGGAUAUACAUGGGCUACGUGCUACCCGACGAAGAGCGAUAUAUGGCACGAACGAAUGAAUUUCACGGCUAUUAGGGUAGGCGACAAAUAAUGCCUCCUAUAGCGGAAUAUCAACGCAGGAAGCGAUUAGCAGGCGACGAAUAGGUUAGCUAAAUGCUGGUCUGCUGUACAAUACCACACGGCAUGAGGAACUUAAACGGAUAUCCAUGCAUUUAGGAGGAAAUGAAUGGACGUAUAUAAAAUAGAAUCA